GGCGGCGGCGGGCCCGACGGGGCGAUGAGCGGCUCGAAGCCCAGGGUGGCGUCGGGGGCCGGCGGGGCGCUGAGCCGCUUGCGAGGCCGGAGAGGCUCCGGAGACGCGUCGCCCGCGGUCGUGGCUCCUCUGAGGGCCGCCGUGUUGCCCCGCACCGAGGCGGAGCUGCUGGCGCUGGACGCGGUCCGGCCCGAGCACGUCCUGGGGCUGAGCCGCGUCACUGAGAACUAUCUCUGCCGACCAGAGGACAACUUUUACAAUAUUGAUUUCACCAAAUUCAAGAUCAGGGACCUGGAGACAGGGACGGUGCUAUUUGAAAUUGCCAAACCUUCAGCUUUAGAGCAAGAGGACGAUGACGGUGACGCCGGGGAGGUGGACACCAGCGCAGGGCGCUUUGUCCGCUAUCAGUUCACACCUGCCUUCCUGCGCCUCCGGACAGUUGGCGCAACCGUGGAGUUCACAGUAGGAGACAAGCCUGUGUCGAAUUUCCGUAUGAUCGAGAGGCAUUACUUCAGAGACCGCCUUCUCAAGAAUUUUGACUUCGAUUUUGGCUUCUGCAUCCCCAGCAGCAGGAACACUUGUGAGCACAUCUACGAGUUCCCACAACUUUCAGAGGACCUCAUCCGUCUGAUGGUCGAGAACCCCUACGAGACCCGCUCAGACAGCUUCUACUUUGUGGACAACAAGCUGAUUAUGCACAAUAAGGCUGACUAUGCCUACAACGGAGGGCAGUAGCCGCCGCCGCUGCAUCCCCCUCCCCCCCUCCAUUGGACUUUGCACUACCGCCAGCCAUCCUGGUCACAUUGGAGGAGAGCAGGGAAGCUGCCCUGGACUCUGAGGCCUUUUGCGGAAAGCUCUGUGAGGCUCAAGAUGUGAUGUUGAAGGGGCUGAGGUGGCAACUGGUGACAGUAAAGGAGCUCCCCUGGCAAACCCGAACCCUUUCCAGCCUUGUUCCUUUCUGGUCCUCUGCUCGGUCCCCAGUGGCACCUGGGUCAGGUUACAGGUUGGACUGUCUGUUAAAUGUUAAACUGAUGUAGCAGUUCUUGUAGUUUGGCGCACUUAGCCUGUAUUUCUUGUAUGUUCUUCCCCUUUCUGGUGGGCAAAGGGUCCUCCGACACAAAGCUGUUUCCUCUUACAAGUAGCCCAUGAAAUGUAGAUAGCUGGUUUUCCCCCUUUGGAGGAGUGUGGCAGGGCUGGUGAAUCACUUUGGCAAAAUCGGUGACCCAGCCUGUAUGAUUGACUGUAAGGGCCCACCAUUCACAACCAACCAAAAAACAAAACAAAAAGGAGGAGAGGUGUUGUGUGUUUUUUUAAGGGAUGCUCCAGAUUGUGGCUUCGUUCUGUGGUCUUGAAUGUUCCUUAAACGCUGUUGGGUACCGGUUGGCAAAAAAAGGCCUGCGUCCCACUGUGAGUCUUUGUGAGGUCUUUUGAGGCCUUUUCUGCCAACCAGCUUAGGGGGAGGGAGACUGAGAUGAGAAUUUCAGCCUGAACACUCCACACACUUCUCCAUCCUGCCUUCAGCCUAGGUUCCAUUCUGCAUCUCAGUUUUGCUCUUUUCCUUUAAAGGAGUGCAAAAGGUGGGCAAAGGUUACCGGGAGCCAGGAAUUGCCUGGUGGAGCCUGUCCAAGCAACAGGGCAGAUUUUCCCAGGAGAAAUCUUCUGUUUGUGUCUCAAAACGUAUUAGUGUAAGAAAUGGUGGUGUUAACCAGCUUGUAUUGCCUGCCUUGGUUUGUGCCGCCGUUGAAGUGGGCUCCAUAGGCUCCCCAGUGCAAUGAGAUGUAACGGAAUCAGCGUGGCUGUGAAAAUAAGGGACUUUUCCCUCUUGAGAUCUGUAGCUCUGAGCUUUUACUGGCUCCAUUUAAAUGUGUAGGAAACCAGCCAGCUUUUGCUGCUGAGAUGCCGCUAUGCCUGUUGGUUAGGUGAGGAGGGAGUACUGGAUGAGGGCCUGGGGAGGAGGGUGCGUAUCAGCCAGGGAAGCAGGAAUCUUGCCCUGAGGCGGCUGUCGGCAACUACAAAGCAGUAUUUUUGUUGCUGUCGGACUCCACUCCCAGGCCUUUCUCUCGCUUCAAAGUUAAGCUGGUGUUCAAAGGCCUUGCAGUCAGGGGCCGGUUCUGUGUCAGAUGCUAAUUCAGCCUGCACGGGAGAAGGCCUUCCAGGCUCUUGAGACUAGCCCUUUUUGGAGGGGGGUGGAGGCACACGCACAUUACCCUGAAACAAACCCUUUUAGAGAGGGGAGGAGGAUAGUUACAGAUUAGAGCGUUUGUAGGAGGCGAAACGCAAGAGGAAAAUGGCUUGGACUCUUUAGCUGUAAGGUAGGAUGUUCUUAACCACUCCCAAAAUAUUGGGGAUGUAAUAAAGGUGAAAAGGCCAGAGUUUUUUGUCCCUGUGUAGCCAAGUUUGUGGGUUAACAGAAAAGAAAACCCUCUGUAUUUUUGUUCUUGUUUUCUUCCUAACCUGUGAUGUUCCAGCUCCUGCACUGCACUGCUCCAGUUGUCUCUACCGAUUGAUGGUGGUAGUCAGUUCUGCUGCAGUCCGCUUGAUGCUUUCCACAGAAAGGUGCCUUUUCUCCCCAUGUCCAAGGCCACAUUCCCAGAGGAACAGUUGAGGGAAACACUUCCUCAUUCCACAGGAGGAGGUGGUGGUGAUAUGGGGUUCCAGAGUCAAUGUGAUUAAAAACACCAGGUGCCUUUUAAACAUCAUUCUUACUGUUGCUCAGGCUCCUUCCGAGGACGUCCCGCCUUUGCUUUCUUACGAAUUUAUCCCAGGAGCAGUUGGGAAGGAUGGGCAGCAAUCUGAGCCAAGAGCAGGUACCGUACUUUGCAAUAAACUCCCAGCUGCUGGCCCCCUUCUCUGGGCUCCAGAUUCUUCUCUUCUCCUCCUUCUCACUUCUUCUUUCUCAAAAACUGAAACUCUCUGCCCCCCCCUUCCUUCCGAGUAUUAAUACUCUGUAUGUCCUUUACAAGCUCCCAUCUCUUCAAGGAGAAUUGCGAAAACAGUAAUGGGGCGAGGGGCUUGCUUGUUAAAUUCUGCCUGUUGCUGCUUCUGCCUUGUGGGACCAAAUAUGUGAAAUGGGGAAGGAAGUGUGGGACAGCGAGAGGCAGGUAUCCUGAUGCCCCAGAGGACGUGGCCAAAUGUGUGGAUUUGAGCUCUCUGGAACACUUUGCACCAAGAGAGAGAGGGGGGCGGCUCUUUGAAUUACCCCACCUGAUAGAAGAUGAACCUGGCCUCGUCCAGCCGGCACUUUUAUCUGUCACUCAUGUGGCUGCUGCCCCUUGGGACCACAUGCUGCAUUCCUGUGUGGAAGCCUGUCUCUCCCUCCCCCACCCCCUGAGCCAUCUUCCUGUCGCACUAACACUGCAUCCGUGGGUUGCAUAUGGAAGAGGAGGGGAAGGGUCUGCUUCUGCCAUGUUGACCAUAGUGUUAGUGCAGGGUGUGGGGGGCUAGAUACAAGAACAGCGUUUAUCCAAAGACAGGGGCACCUAAAUUUAUAACUGGAAUAGAUGGGCCAUCUCCCUACUUGCCAUUGGAAGGCGUCAACGAUUCGUUCUUCCUCCCCAGCCAUAACCUGGGGGACGGGGGCUUUCUCGUGGCCUCUGCUAAGUUUGGCAGGCCAUCUCCCUGGCUUGAUUUCAAGCCCUUGUCUUCCUCUUUGCAUGUCCUCGUCCCUCUGGAGAAUUGUUAAUGAAACUGAGCCCUUCCCUGUUGAAUAAACCACACAGGACACUUGAAAGCAAGAAGUGUCUAUGAGGAAGGGAAACUGGAAAUACAUUGACUUCUGUAUUGUAUGCAGAUUGAUACUGAUGACAGGUUUGCCAUGAAAAGUAUCUGCCUUAAAAGCAUUAAUCUGUAAGGUUCACUGUUGCCCUCCAAUGGUGUUGACAGCGGCUGCUUCCAUCAUAUACUCUGUGGCUGUGCAGGCACUGAAGUCCUCGCAUUGCAUUGUCCGCUUGCCCCACCCUAACUAAUGGAGAGACCUGGUCAUAACAGGGCUGCUCUGUUACAUUUCCCAUUUGGUGAAGCACCAGCAAACAUGUUUGGACCUCCUAUGUAUUAUUAUUUUUUUAAUUAAUGGGGAUUUUUAUAAGGCCAUCAGACCCAGGCAAGGGGAUAGUUUAUUUCUCAGUCCCACUGAUUUUUCAGAGAUGUUCCUGGGAUGACUGGAAAAAGAAAACUUUUCUGGUAUCCUGCGAUCGGUUUACCAGCAGGGAGAAGAACAUUUGCAGGACUGUGACAAAAUGCAUCUUUCUCCAGUUUGUCUCUGAAUUGGCCAUUGGAAAGAUUUCCCCUGCAAGAUUUGUUUUUAAAAUAGGGUUUUCUAUUCCAUUGUGGUCCUUGCCUGACAAUAAUAUACCAAUUUUUGGUCUGUCUGUGUGCAUCUGUGACCGUUUGGAGAGUGGCAGGUUGUUCCUUUUAAACUUGUGAAUUCCAGAAAAGAGAUCACGGACGUUAUAUUUUUCUGUCAAGGUAUUUUUCCAUAGAGGAUGACAGGAGUGUCCCAAGAAGUCUGUGUGACCAUUACGAUCACCACAUUGAACCGUCGCCAUGCUGUUGUCAUAUUGUGUGUCUCCUAAACCUACAGUAUACUAGCUGACUCGUUUGUAUAAAAUGUUACUUUGUUGAAAGCAAUAGUAAUUAAAAACAAAAAAGCAAAAAAAAAAAACAUCAACACA